CAACAAUCAACACGAGUAGAUUCUUUUUGGGUGCCUUAGUCUUUUAUUACACGUUAUCUCAAUGUAAACAACGCUUACCAAAAUACAGAAGUCCCAUCUCAAGAGCAUACAUCUGUUGGAACCAGUUUAGUUGUAUUGUUGUCAUCCUUUGUGGUCUUCCUGUGUCUCUCAAGGAGCUCUAUGGAGAGAUACUCACUCCACACAGUCAUCGGUGAGGGCUCUUUCGGUCGGGCUUUGUUAGUUCGGUGUAAAAGCAGUGAGGAGAAGUAUGUGGUCAAGGAAAUCCAGCUUCCCAAGAAUAACUCCAAAUUGGAGAAUCCGAGGAGGGAAGCCAUCCUGCUAUCCAAAAUGAAACAUCCUAAUAUUGUGACCUUCAGGGAGGCCUUUGAAGCUGAUGGCCUCCUGUGUAUUGUUAUGGAGUUCUGCAGUGGAGGAGACCUGCUCCAGAGGAUGCAACAGCAGAAAACUACGCAGUUCUCUUCGGAUCACAUCUUGAGAUGGUUUGCUCAAAUGUGUGCUGCGGCACAGCAUAUCCAUGAUAAAAGGGUUUUGCACAGAGAUCUGAAGUCUAAGAACAUAUUCCUGACAGAUAAUGGGACAAUCAAGCUCGGGGACUUUGGCUCAGCGUGUAUUCUGAACAGCUCCAAGGCAUACGCUAAUACAUAUGUUGGAACACCAUAUUACGUGGCUCCAGAAAUCUGGGACAACAAGCCAUACAACAAUAAGAGUGAUGUGUGGUCUCUGGGCUGCGUUUUGUACGAGCUCUGCACCCUGCGACACCCGUUCCAGGCAUCCAGCUGGAAGAGCCUUAUUCUUAAGGUGUGUCGGGGUACGUACCCUCCCCUCCCCAAUCACCUGCCCUACGAACUGCAGUAUUUGCUAAAGCAGAUGUUUAAGACGAACCCAAAAGACAGGCCGUCCAUGCACAGCAUCCUGACCUCCCACAGGGUUUCCAAACUCCUCCGUGCACAUCUGCCCUCCCAGGCGCUAGAGACGCAGGAACAGGGGAGGCGGACGGCUCGAUGGAAGAGAGAAGAGGGGAAGAAGGUGGCUAAUCUUCUGGGAGAGAAGAAUUUGAUAACAACGUCAACAUUUGAAGGCGUGGAGUUACAUGAAGCCCACUCUGAAAGCAGAGAGCCGGGUCCUCGUAAGCAGUGGGCCGUGGGGCCCUCGGACACUGUGCUGCAGAUGUUGGCCAACGCCAGCCUCGUCUCCUCGGACAGCAUGGGGUCAACCUGCCAGUCCCUCACAGAGGAGCCAGGGGACAGCCGGCAGAGGAGACGAUGGGACAAGGAUCCUCCAGAGAAGCUUCUGAGUGUGUUGGAGAAGGCCCAGCUGAGCAGAGCCUUCAGCACCUUUUUAAUAAACCCAGGAGGUGAGGACCCUCUGGUGGGACCCCUCUCCCAGCCACAGGGGGACCACCCUGAUGGUCCUGAGCUUGAAGUGGCCUUAGAUGAGGAGCGACUGCAGCCUCGCUCUGAUGAUGAGGACACGGACUUUGAGGAAGAAUAUCCAUGCGAUUGGAUGGAUGAAGUUGAGAAAAUGUUUUCAGAACACUAAAGUCUCGUUUCUAACAGGAUGCUUACACAAUCACACUUUAAACAAUCACUACAGACACUAACUGUUUGCCAAAAUCAUUUCACAUCAUAUUUGAGACCAGGUCUGGAUCUUUCAUCCACGUUUACAGAAACCCAGUUAAACUCUAACAACACUGGGUUAUUUAUAAUGUAUGUUUCAGGUACUGCAUUGAUUUUUGUAUUGCAAAAAUACACUAAGUUCAAAUUGUAUACUGUUAAACUUGUUGUCGUAAAACCUCUUUUACAUAAAGAUGUCUGAGUUGUGUGUGCGCUCUGUCUCUAAUUGGAUUUGAACAUCUGCUGGGUACUGUUCAGGUUACCAAUGAUAACAUUCCCAGCAGAAUGAGGCCGUCUGACGGGGGGCUUCUGUUUGGCUUGUCGGGGAAGCAGGAAGUAUUAGACUCAGAGCAGCUGGGUCUCCAAGGGGUCACACCAUUUUGAACCCGCCCUAAACUUUUGAUGUCAAUUUCCGCUGCAAUAUCAAAAGUAGACUAAACAUGUUGAGUCAUCGGUAUUCUUUGUGUUUUAUUCUCUAUGCGAGACACAAGCAAACCCAACAUCUGGACCCUUUAGCUGUUGUGUUAUUUUUAAAUGUCUGUGACCACUAAUGGCUGACAGAGAGGGAGAUGACUGCUCCUCUUUCAUACAGCAAGUGUUAAUUUUGUCCCACUAGGUGGAGUUGAAAUCACUCGUGUGAACCUUUGCUGUGGGCAGGAGUGAGACAUGUUAGAUCCUGGUUCAAAUAUAGAUAAAUCUUUGUUGAAAUAAUUCUGCUUGUUAGAAUCUUAUAGUCCGAAAAGUGCUCACCGUGCUUUUAUGUGAAUAUAAGGGACUCUGCUCUUGGUUUUAAAAGCGUAAAUACAUUUAAUGAGAGGGAAGUUAGUCUUUGUUCUGCCAAAUUAGAAGCUCUACAUAAUGGAGUAAUUAAACAGCCAACUACAUGUUUGGCAACAGUAAAACCAAAAGAAUGCCUCGCCCAUGACCGUUUGGGCUCAACAGGAUACAUAUACUCCAGACCCUUGAGUCAACAAAACCAUAAUGCUGCUGAUUCACCAACGGUCACACCAGGGAUGGAUUAUCCUGCUGCCAAAGUUCCUCCAGGGACUGAACCUCCCCUCGGCUAACAGGAGGACUCUGCUAUAUGAGAGGCUUUUUCCAGAUAUCUGCCAGCGAUGUGUUUAAUUGAGGAAGCUCUGGUCCCUUAUCAUGAAGCCACACUGAAUCCCCCUCCAGGGCUCACACCACAGACCCCUGCUUUUUUUAAUUCCCACUGUUUCCCCUUUCCCUUUCCAAAGAUGUCCAUGUUUAGUAAGGAUACAGAUUAAGUGGUGUCGCAUAGCUGAGCUACAACACCCCCAUGCUGUGUGUCCUGCAGAUAGGAGGGUCUCCCAACAGUUUCACAAAGGGCUUGACUGCAUCUCUCUAGCUCAGCCUUCUAAUAUUAACUGAGGAGUCUAAGCUUGAAUGGUAUAAUGAGGAUAGGGUUAUUAAGAGCAGUACAACAUAUUUUUUGAGGGUUUCAUUUAUUGAAUCAACUGAUUUCUGGACAGCCUUCAGUAUCAAGAAGUGUUAGGAAUUGUAAGUUGGCAUUACAUGUUCAGUCAGAUUCUUAUGUUUGAUUAUUUAUUUAGGUAAAGGUCUUUAUUAGACACUGUUUCUUUUAGCAAUUUGGCAUUAAAUAAAAAACAUGCUGGAAUGUA